AUGUCGGGCACAACCGCCAUUGUCUCCGAGGGCAACUUUUCCUUCACCAAUGGCGUCUUCCUCGCAGAGUCAUCCGGCCAUAAUAAGCACCGGCGCGCGACUCAUGAAGAACUCAGAACCCAUUUCGCGUCCGGCAGCGACAAGGACCACACGGCGCACUGGUUCGAGGCGCAGCUCAUGCAUUAUGGCCUGCCGACCUCCAAGACGAAGUCCCAGAAGCUGAAGAAGGAAUGGACGAAGCGGGACAGGGACGAGAAGAAGGCAGCAAAGGGAGCCAGUACGAAGGCGGUGCCAAAGUCCCAGGCUUCGAAUGCGAGGAAACGAAAGGCAGACGUUACCGUCAAUGCCGCGGCGAAUACAGGCACACCGGCGGUAGCGGCGAGUGCGCCCAAGCGGACCAAGGCUUCGGCAUCAUCCGCAGGUGACUCUUCUCCCGCGCCCCGGUUUGCGACGAAGCAGACGGCGCGUCGCGGCCCCGGUUGGCGAGCUCCGAGCCGUCCAGAACCGGCGACGCGGGCCUCUCCAUCACCUGAACCGGCUGCGUCUUCUGCUCCCCGAACUAAGCAAACGGCAAGACGCGGUGGCGGCUGGCGGGCUUCUGGCCGCCCGGAACCUGCGAGACGUGACUCUCCCUCUCCGGCUCCAUCUCCUGCGCCUCGAACCAAGCAGACGGCAAGGCGCGGGCGCCCGUUUGUUCCGCGGGGUCGUAUCGAAUCGUCACAGACUCAAACGAGUGGACAUGGCGACUUUGCAACUUCUUUCGACGAAGCACCGCCCCCAUAUGAAGAAGACUCCGGUUCAAGCAACCGCUUUGGCGGCGACAGUCUUGCCCCACUCGGUCUUCUUAAUGGUCGAUACGAUAUAAGCUCUCCCUAUGUCGAAUCUGAAUGGCCCAUGUAUGGCUCCGAUUUCAGCCUCGUGUUGACCAUUGUCGGUUCCAGCCUUUGGGGAAGAUUCGACUUGGGCGUCAUUGAGGGUGUGCUCUAUAUCGAAGAGCGGCCCCGCGCUUCUUCCUACUCAAACGUCCCGUUUGUAUGGCGCGGUCGGGAAGCUGAAGGUCAGAUCUUUUACAAUGAGCGGUCUAAUCGAGGCUCGUUGAGGUUCAUUGGUGGUGGCGCUAUCGAGGGUUAUUUCGAAUACCAGGAUAUUCAGUUUGACGGCCAGCGAUUGCCCCGCCAAGGGACGAGGAGCGAACUUGAUGCGAGGACUCUGCAGAAUGAAUGGGACAGCUAUAACGAGGAUGAAUAUGAGCGUGAGAGAGUAGCGCGAUGGUCAGAGAACUAG